AUGGAGUUUUCGGAUGACGAGAUUCAAAAUUUGUAUGCUUGGGUUGAUUCCGUACCAUUGUCACGACCGAAACGGAACAUCAGUCGUGAUUUCAGCGAUGGAGUUCUCAUGGCUGAACUCCUCAAUCAUUUCUAUCCGAGGAUCGUUGAACUGCACAACUACAGCGCUGCAAACGCUCUGUCUCAAAAGACUUACAAUUGGCAGACCCUCAACAAGCGGGUGCUGAAGAGAGUUGGAGUUGUUUUGACCCAGACAGAAAUGACAGACAUUGCAAAUUGUGUCCCGAUGGCGGUGGAGAAAUUUUUGUUCAAAAUCUACGACAAGGUGAAUGAGGAUAGGAACCGGCUUGACAACAAGAGCAGCAGUUCAAGUCGCAAGACUCAGAAUCAGGGGCUAGAAUCAACAUUUUUUGGGUCCCAGCCGUCGCGCCGGAGUCCACACCUUGACAGCGCUCGGGCGAACUUGCGAUCUCAAUCUAGCGACAUGGAAGUUCCUGUGUCGAGGAUGGGGACAACAAUGAGUGGACGAGCGGAUCUGCAGCGGGAGGUUGACACGGAGAUUUUGAUUGAGAAAGAGCAGACGAUUCAGGAGCUUCGAGAGACAGUGGAUAUCUUAGAAACGAAAAUAAAGAAACUAGAACAGCUGGUACACUUGAAAGAUUCAAAAAUUCAGGCUUUGACGCUCAAGCUCCAAUCUUUCCAAUCUUAA